UGUAGUUUGCGUUAAAGAAGUCGUUACCGCGAUCUUUCGUUGCCGUUUGUUAUUCGAGGGGAUCAUCUUAGCCAAGGUGGAAAUUAGUCCCGGUUGGUCGCAGGUGCGAACACGCCGCGGAUUCACACCUGAGGUACGACCGCAAACGGCUUAGAUAAUAGAGCGAUUUGCCUCAGUUUUAAUCUCUUGUAGUAGGAAAUUAAUUCCAUAGGAUUAGACUAGAAUGAAUUUGGAUAAAAGUGAGGAUUUAAUUUAAGCUCCGAGAAAGAAUAACAGAAAAAUAGCACGUAGAGAAGUUAUAAACGUAGACUCGGUUACCCGCUGUCAUUCACAGCAUCCUAGUUGUAUGGGAAAAUACCUCACAUUGUUCUGUAUUUUAUUCAGUGCAUACAAGUAGAUCAGUUAAUAUGGAAACAUUCGGGCAUAUAUUCCACUUCAUACUUCUUGCUGCAUUGACGGAAAGUAGACCGAACGUACCAGAGAAGAAGCAGAAACGCAUGGUACCAGUUUUAGUAGACAGAAAUAACUUUCAAUCUGAAAAUCGCAUGGAAUGGCCAGUUGGUGAUUACGAAUCUACUUUGUAUCCAGUUUUUGACGAGGGAGAAUCGCGAACCAAGGCGAUGGAGGAACUUCUAGGCGUGCUAGGCUUGAAGGUGCCAGAAAACUUGUCAGAGUUUGCAAUGCACGAAAAGACGAAAAAGCCACCUAAGUACAUGGUUGACUUAUACAACGCGAUAGCAGAUCAUAACGGAAUAACGCGAUCUCCUGGACUAUUAGAUGCAGAUACUGUUAGAAGUAUACCAAAUAUAGAUCAAAGGGGAUCUCACUUCUGCAAGUUCAACUUGAGCGCGGUCACCGAGGAUGAAAUCAUAUUGGACGCUGAAUUACAUUUAUUUCAGAGUCAACGAAGUCUAAGAAAGAUGAACGAAAACCUUCUCCAGCAAACCAGACGUCGGCAAUAUGCAUACCCAAGCACAUAUAUUAUCAAAAUCUAUCAAAUGAUGUCUGACUCCGAGUCUUCGACACCCACCAAGCGACUCAUCUCUGCGAGGCGAGUUCACUCACAUCACAGUGGUUGGCAUAUAUUCCCCAUAUUGAAAUCGGUCAAAGAAUGGAUGAUAUCGGAAAGAUCAAAUUUCGGUCUGAUGACAGAAAUGAUAACAAUGAACGGCGAAGUUAUCGAAAACGUCCUCGAUAGAGAAAGUCUUCAGCCAAUUCUAGUAUUGUUCGCAAAUAACAAAAAUGGAGCUUCCAAUGAAACAGACACACUGCCAAAACGAAGCAUCAAAUCAUUAAGUGCACUGAAACAACUCAAGUUGCAUGAAUCGGGUAGACUGAAUAUCGAUAUAGGAGAUGAAAAUACGGAUAUAAAGAAGCAGAGUAAAAGACGAAAGCGAUCUGUAGCAAAAGAAAAUAACAAAAAGAAACAAGGCAACAAUGGAAAAACAAGAAGAGGAAGAAAUCGCGGCCAAGGCGAUGUGACCGAAAAUACGGAACUAGAUACUGAAAGCACUCAAAGAAAUAGCGAAGUUUUCACUGUUGACCAAUAUCGUGGAUACGAUAGAAACUCUGAAAGCGAUGAUGUUUGGAAUGAUGCAUAUACUUCAAACACAGAUGAUUAUGACUAUUUUGCAGACAGCUCGGAAAAGCCUACUUCUCAAGCUGGGAGCAAGUCUCACAGCACUUUUUCUGAUAUGAAUAAAUCUGGUACGGUGUCUCGAAACUGCAGAAGAUAUCCACUUUACGUCAACUUUGAAGAAAUGGGUUGGUCAGGAUGGAUAAUUCACCCACAGGGCUACAAUGCAUAUCACUGCAAGGGUGUAUGUUCAUUUCCGUUGGGACAAAAUCUUAACCCUAGUAAUCACGCUACAGUACAAAGCAUAAUGCACACACUUGGACUUGGCAAUCAACCUGUCGCCAUGCCAUGUUGUGCUCCAGAUAAACUCUAUGAUAUCAACCUUCUAUAUUUCGACCAAAAUGAUUACGUGGUGCUCAGAAGAUACAAGGACAUGGUUGCUGCAUCAUGCGCAUGUAGAUGAAAGCUUAGGUAUUAGAAAGAAUAGUACUGCAAGCAAGACUGACUAUUCGCCAUGACUUGAACGAACAGUCUGCCGUGUUCCAGCUUCGCCCGCAGACCAUGAAAAUCUCACGAGGGAUGGAGAAUAAUACAAAAGAUUUUGUUUAUGAUGAACACAGAAAAUUACCAACAUCGUCGCCUCAUAGUUUUUUCUUAUCAAUAUUUUAUUCGUAUAUCUUACCGCGGCAAUAAAAACGAGUUUAACAUAA